CAUGCCUGGGGAAUGACAGGCUUCUCCACAGGCAGGCUGCAUCCACCUUGGCCAGGGUGUCGUCAUUGGCUGCCUAUUAGAAAAACUGCAGGACAAUGCAUACCACCGACGGCCGACUGUAAACAUAGGGGAUAUGUGUUCACUUAGCAUGGACUUCUGGGAGGGGCUAAGGAAGGGCGGUCUGCUGUUUUAUUGAAUAGAGCAGUGUGCAUUAGGCUGCCUGCCCGCCUGCUCUCUUGCUGUGCUCCUGCUGAAAGAAAUCAGCCCUUCCUUUACGACUUAGUUCUCGGCAAGAAAUUUCAGCCUACGAGGUAUCGCUAAAACAUUUCAGGAUCAUCAUAUCAAAUUCCACAAGGCUUGGUGAUCAAUCAGAAAGCUCAGAAGUGGACAUCUGAUUGCUUUACCUAUCCAGACAUUAUCUGGUCUCCCCAAACCUGAAACCACACCAUGGAUGAUUUUGAACGUCGCAGAGAACUCAGGAGGCAAAAGCGGGAAGAGAUGCGUCUCGAAGCAGAAAGAAUCGCCUACCAGAGGAACGAUGACGAUGAGGAAGAGGCGGCCCGGGAACGGCGUCGCCGCGCCCGGCAGGAAAGGCUGCGGCAGAAGCAGGAGGAGGAAUCCAUGGGGCAGGUGACCGACCAGGUGGAGGUUAAUGCCCAGAACAGUGUGCCUGAAGAAGAGACCAAGGCAACCACCACAAACACUCAGGUGGAGGGCGACGAUGAGGCUGCACUCCUGGAGCGCCUGGCUCGGCGGGAGGAAAGACGCCAAAAACGUCUUCAGGAAGCUCUGGAGAGGCAGAAGGAGUUUGACCCAACAAUAACAGAUGCAAGUUUGUCACUACCAGGCAGAGGAAUGCAAAACAACACAGCUGAAAAUGAGACUGCAGAGAAAGAAGAAAAAAGUGAAAGUCGCCAAGAAAGAUAUGAGAUAGAGGAAACCGAAAUAGUCACACGGUCCUACCAGAAGAACGACUGGAGGGAUGCUGAAGAAAAGAAGAAAGAAGAAAAAGAAAAGGAGGAAGAGGAAGAAGAGAAGCCAAAGCAAAGAAGCAUUGAAGAAAAUCAGGUAGAGGUGAUGGUAAAAGAGGAAACAACAGAAACCCAAGAGGAAACAGUGGCAAUGCCAUUGAAAAAUGGGCAAAUCAGUGCAGAAGAGCCUAAAGUAGAGGAGGAAAGGAAGCAAGAUUCAGAUGAGGGUGCCCUUAAUGAAAAGGUGGAAGAGAAAGCCAGGGAAAGGGCUGAGGCAGAGAGGAUGAGGUUGGAAGCAGAAGAAAGAGAAAGAAUUAAAGCUGAGCAAGACAAAAAGAUAGCAGAAGAGAAAGCAAGAAUUGAAGCAGAAGAAAAAACAGCUGCACAAGAAAGAGAAAGAAGGGAGGCAGAGGAGAGGGAAAGGAUUAAGAAGGAAGAGAAGAGAGCAGCUGAGGAGAGGCAAAGGAUAAAGGCAGAGGAGGAAGAGAAGGCUAAGAUAGAAGAGCAAAAACUUAAAAAGCAGCUAGAAGAAAAAAGAAAUAAAAUGCAAGAGAAAAAGAUAAAAGGGGAAAAGGUAGAAGAGAAAAUAGAAAGAAAAGGGGUAAAUGAAAAGAAAGUGCAAGAAGAUAAACUUCAGGCAGCUGCCCUAAAGAAACAGGGAGAAGAAAAAGGGGUUAAAGUGCAAGUUAAAAAAGAAAAGCCCCAAGAAGACAAGACUACCUUCAAAAAAGAAGAGAUCAAAGAUGAGAAGAUUAAAAAGGACAAAGAGCCCAAAGAAGAAUUUAAGAGCUUCAUGGAUCGAAAGAAGGGAUUUACAGAAGUCAAGUCACAGAAUGGAGAAUUCAUGACCCACAAACUUAAACACACCGAGAAUAUUUUCAGCCGCGGCGGAGGGAAGGCGAGCGCCGAGACCAAGGAGGCGGAAGCCACUUCCCAGGUGGAGGCCGGCAAGCGACUGGAGGAGCUCCGCCGCCGCCGCGGGGAAACGGAGAGCGAAGAGUUUGAAAAGCUCAAGCAGAAGCAGCAGGAGGCUGCCGUAGAGCUGGAGGAGCUGAAGAAAAAGAGGGAGGAGCGAAGGAAGGUCCUGGAGGAGGAGGAGCAGAAGAAGAAGCAGGAGGAGGCAGAGCGAAAAGUCAGAGAGGAGGAAGAGAAGAGGAGGCUAAAAGAAGAGAUUGAAAAGCGAAGAGCAGAAGCUGCUGAGAAACGUCAGAAGAUGCCAGAAGAUGGCUUAUCAGAUGAGAAGAAGCCAUUUAAGUGUUUCACUCCUAAAGGCUCAUCUCUCAAGAUAGAAGAGCGAGCAGAAUUUUUGAAUAAGUCUGUACAGAAAAGUGGUGCCAAAUCAGCUCAUCAAGCAGCAGUGGUCUCCAAGAUUGACAGCAGACUGGAGCAAUAUACCAGUGCAAUUGAAGGAACAAAAACUGCAAAAACAAUGAAGCCACCGGCUUCAGAUCUCCCUGUUCCUGCUGAAGGUGUACGCAAUAUCAAGAGCAUGUGGGAGAAAGGGAAUGUGUUUUCAGCCCCCACUGCUUCAGGCACACCAAAUAAGGAAACUGCUGGCUUGAAAGUGGGGGUUUCCAGCCGCAUCAAUGAAUGGCUAACUAAAACCCCAGAUGGGAACAAGUCGCCUGCUCCCAAACCUUCUGACUUGAGGCCAGGAGAUGUAUCCAGCAAGCGGAACCUCUGGGAAAAGCAAUCUGUGGAUAAGGUCACUUCUCCCACUAAGCAGGUUUGAGACACUUCAAGAAAGAACCCAAGGUAGCCGCUCAAGACGCUGGACCAGCUCAGUUGAAGAGAGCUAAUUUGCUCUGUUUUAUAUUUAUGUUGAUUUACUAAAUUGGGUUCAUUCUCUUUUGUUUUAUUUUUCAUUAUACCAGUAAACUUAUGUAUAUUAUCACUGUAUUUAAUAAUCACAGUCUAGAGAUGUUCAUGGUAAAAGUACUGCCUUUGCACAGGAGCCUAUUUCUAAAGAAACCCAUGCUGUGAAAUAGAGACUUUUCUACUGAUCAUCAUAACUCUGUGUCUGACAGUGAUACCCACCACAUUGGAAGUCAACAAAAGGAGGUUCACGUUGAAAAUUGCCUGAGGAAUGUGUGCAGUAUCUAUAGGAAAAUGAACCAUCAUUUUUUUGUUGUUGUUUUGUUUUUUAACUACAGAAGUCAUGUUGUUUCUGCACUUUAGAAUAAAGCAUGGAAGAAAUUAUCUUAGUAGGUAAUUGUAACACUUUCUGAAAGUAACCCAUUGAGAUACUGCAAUAAUGAUUGUCUUUAAAAAUAUAUAUACUGUUAAGGUAUUACUUUUUUCAUGCUGAUUAAUAUCUAAAUUGGAUUAUUAUGUUAGCUUACAGUGGUACUGAUUUCUUUAGGUUGGUUGCUUUGUGGAUUUCUUUGGUAAUGAUAGUAACCUGGACCACAUUUUAGAUUACCUGAUUAUGUAUGUAUGUGCAUACACAUAUACAAACACACUAAUGGUAGAAUGCUUCUGUAUGUGCUAGAUAUUGUAUUUAGUAGUAUGUGCUUGUAACUAGCCAAUAUCACAGCUUUUUAAAAAAUAAAAAUCACAAUAUUUUAUUAAUAUUUCAUACUUGCCAACAGAUACAUGGCAGAAUAGGUAUUGGUGUGUUUUCAAUGCCCAAUGACCUGUAAGAAGAAAGUAUUGGAAAAAAGAGUGAUUAGAUGUGUCAAAAUGAGUUGAUAUUCACUAUAAAAAAAAGUAUUUACUUUAUAAUUCAAGGCAAUCUUGACGUCCAGGGUGAAUUUUACUAAAUCCACCAUCUGGAUCAAACUCAGUGUCUGCUUAUUCUUAACAAUAGAGUUCACAAUAGGUUGGCCUAGAUGAUAUCUAAGGUCUCUUCCUUCUCUAAAAUUUAAAGACAAGAAUUUUAGUGACAGGAUUUUACAGAUUGGAAUUCUAUGUAUGGGUGUGAAUAAAGACCAACUUUGGCUAAUGACUGGAAACAGAGAGGAAAAGUGAGCAAAAUUCAGUAUUUGAGAGUCAUGACAGCAUUUCCAUCUUCAGUGCACUCUGAAACAUUUUUUAAAUUAAACUUUUAUCCCCUUAUUCUUCAUUGAUACUUAUCAUAAGGGGAUAAUGUAUUGAAAUUUCAAAAAUAUAUGUAACUUUUACAAGUUUUGCUUUUUUCCCCAGCAGUUUUUAUUGACUAUUUUUGCACACACAAUCCCAAAUCAGCUUUUAUUUUAGUCUCUAAGUGUUUUUCUUCACAAUAGGUGAUAAGAGUACUCCAGUGUCUUGAUAAAAUAUUCUAGUAUAGAUAUAGACAUAUAAUGUCAUUACAUAAACUCAUACCUCAGUUGACUUAACCAAAACUGCCUUCGUGUCAAUUCCUACCACACUGAAGGAGCCUCCCAAAUAAUUAUGUUCUAAUCUACCAUAUUCCCUGGAGGAGCUAUCCAGGGCAGGGCUGGCAUAAGGAGUGAUCACUGCCUACCAAAGUCUAUUUUCCUCAUAAAUCAGUAAAGAGUAGUUGAAUCCUCCAGCUUUUAGCACGGUCUGGGUCAAAGGAAGGAAAGCCACCAAGAUUUCACAAGUCAUGCCUCUCUGACAGAGUAGACACGAGUCUAUGAUAAGAUUAACUAGAAUUCACAUGCAGUUUCUGAUUUAGCAUUGAUUCCCAUCACUAGAGUGAAGUGACUCAGAAUCUGAAUUGAGGCCUAUGGUGAAAUAAGAUUGCUUUGCUGUACUUGUGAACAAGAGCUCAUCCUGAUCACUACUAUAUAUUUUUCUAGAAAACCUAAAGUUGAGAAGAGAAUGUAUUAAUCUCGGCUUUUAUUUUAUGGAUGGAAUAAGUUUUAGGGUAGAAUAUUUGUUCUUUGGAUUUAAUCUUUUGAAAAAUAAAUUCCUUGUUUACUUGUCUGAUUAUGAUUCUUUGUUAUUUUUAAGAGGUAAAACUGCAAGUUGACUAGCAUGUUCUGUGAAUCUGCCAUUCCUAAAUAUAAACACUUAAUAUUUUCACUGAUAACUGAUCGCUGCAAUACAAAUAUAUUGUGAAAACGCAUCCACAAUAAAUGGAAUUCCUCCAAA